AUGUGGGAAACACCAGUCAUAGAACUCGAUCAUGGCUUCGAGGGUUCCCCUGGCAUUUUCACUGUUGGAGCUAAAAGCUAUGCCACCCAGUCUCAUAAGGAUUGGGCCAUCAAAAGAUACAAUAGAAGCAACAACAACAACAAUAAUAAUAAUAAUAAUGAUAAUAAUAAUAAUGAUGAUAAUAAUAAUGAUGAUAAUAAUAAUGAUAAUAAUAAUAAUGAUAAUAAUAAUAAUGAUAAUAAUAAUAAUGAUAAUAAUAAUAAUGAUAAUAAUGAUAAUAAUAUCAAUAAAGGUAUUUCCGGGAAUCAUGGUGCCUUUUUGUGA